AUGAGCACCGUGAUGGCGGAAGCGCUGAGCGAGCUGAUGAAUCUGCCGGAGACGAUCGAGAAAUACGUCCUCUCCUCCGCCGCGCGCCCGACCGACGGCGAACACCCCCGCCGUAUCGGCUCCGGCGCCGCCGCUUUCCCGGCGGACAUUGUGGACGCGCCCAUGGAGUACACUUUCUACAUGGACGUCCCGGGCCUCUCCAAGUCGGAUAUUCAGGUAACCAUUGAAGAAGAGAAUACAUUGGUGAUAAGGAGCAACGGGAAGAGAAAGAGGGAAGACGGAGAAGAAGAAGGGUGCAAGUACAUAAGGCUCGAGAGGCGGCCAGUCCAGAAGGUGACAAGGAAAUUCAGGCUACCGGAAAAUGCUGACGUGUCGGCAAUCACUGCCAGAUGUGAGAAUGGGGUGCUGACGGUGGUGAUCAAGAAGCUGCCGCCGCCACCUAAGCCCAAGAAGGUGGAGGUCACCAUUUCUUGAAAAUGGGGUCAUGAAUAGUUGAUUGUGAUGUCUUUUGGUAUUUUAGUUACUCUUAGGAGAUGACAGAUUGUGAACUUAAAGUGUUGUGCAUUUUGUGUCUGCCUUAAUUUUCUAAGUUUCAAUGUCAGUUUGGACUUUGAUUGUGUAAUGUAUCAUUUUGGCUGAUUGUUGUUGUGAUGAUAUAUAUGUAAG